AUGGAUGCGCAAAGCUUAUCGAGAAUACGCCAUAAGUUUCAAGCUAUGAUGAGCCAGUCAAGCUCUCUGGACAGUCGCCGAAAGUCGACUCCUGAAGGCGACCCAGUAAGUGGCGGACGGGCUCAAUGUGGUGAUCCCUUUAAUCCCCCAUCUUCAAAACCAGAGCAGCAAUCUUCUGCGGCCACAGCUCCUCAUCUCGGGGAGAUAGGACGGACCGGCGCUGAGGUGGUGAAUAAUACGACGGUAACGAAGACCCUGACAGCGACCAGCCUCACGAAAAUUGUGCCGACACUUACUGCGAUGCCCCAGGAGACACUCAUCAACAUCUUCGAGCACAUUGAUCCAGCUGAUUAUUACAAUGUCCAGUGCUGUUGCAGAGCAUUACGCCACGCUGCGAUGGAUCCACUCACUUACCACAGUGUGCGCAAGCAGGCGUUUGAGUUCAUCAGAAUGCAAGUCUUCGGAAAUGAUGACAGCGCAUGGAGUCCUUUGGUAUUUCUCCGCUUGCUUUCAAAGGAUAUUGGCCUUGCGGACUACACGCGUCACGUCAUUAUAACGGACUACGACUGGAAGGCCCUCAACCCAGGUCGACGUAGAGACCUUCCGCCGCCCAAUUCACAGCAAAGCUUGAUUCAGCAACUUGUCGAGAAAGCCAAGACAUUCAACCCAAAAGACAAGGAAGACCUCACUGAUCUCUUCUAUUUCAAGGUACCUGGCUCCAGCCUCGAUGAAGCUCGUACAAAUGUUUGCACCUUUGGGGAAGUCUUGAGAGCUUGGGUUGAAAGAACAAAUGCACUGCAUUUCUACAGUUUACUUGAUGAUGAGUGGAAUCCCGCCCGAAUCCAGUGGACGACGUUGUGCCUAUUUCGUGGACUACUCACAAUUGCAAUGCCUAACAAAGAGUUUGCUUCAUUCUCUGGUUUCGUUCAGUGUCAUGUCAUCCCAUCGAAUGAGAAAGUAUGGAAGUCUAGACCUUCGAAACGCACCACCUACAAGCACAUCACCCGUCCGGCAUCAGCACGAGAUCAAUAUCCUACUGGGACCUUAUCAUUAAGGAUGGAGAACUUGACAAGGAUUGAGAUGCAAGCGACCACAAACGACGAAAAUUUGGAAGAGAGCCUUGCAACAUUCAUAACAUUCGCUGAAUUACCACGGCUCACCAAGAUCAUCGUGCACAGCACUUGUCAACCUAAAUCCGUGUCAAAAGUUUCCCAGUGGCGACUUGACGAGGUCUUUCUGAAGCAGUAUGCUGUAUUAAUUCCUCCUUGCGAAGGCUCCAUUGGUACGGUCGUCAUUGAACCGUUGAGUAAUGGGUUUCGCCAAAUCGACUUUCGUCCUACGCCGGAUGCAUACAGCAAAGCAGUGCACCAGCGAAUGGUCCAACAGAUGACGACCUACGAUACAGUAAAGCACACAGUACUGUCGAGGGACACCUCUGACGAGCCGUGCAUCCCAUCUCUACACCCUUAUGCGCACCAUUUCAAGACAAAAACAGGGACAGCGCAUCAUCUUUGUGUCACUGGCAGCUUCUCGAAGAUUUGCCUCACUCUACUUUUCGACCCGCGGGUCAAGCGCUCCGGAAAAGUCAGCGGAAAACAUGCCACGGCAUUCGUAGGCUACGAUCUACGAGAUGGGGAUGAGCAGAAUACAGUUGUUGAUGUCACCCUCAAGCUGUUCCGCGAGAAAAUGCUAGCAUUCAAGGAGGUGAAUCACAGAGGGAGACGAUAUUAA